AACAAUUUAGUACUAGUUCGUAUACAUCAAUGGAGAUUAAGCCAUCGUGUCAAGACAUGAUAAUCGAAGAAGAAGAAGAAGAAGAAGAAGACGACAAAGUAAAGGCGCCGCUACUAUCAAGCAAAGGCGUACCGGAAGUAGACAGAAACCUCAUCCAACAAGCCAUCAGCCAGACGUUUCAAAGCACCGCGUGCCUCGCCAACCUCCUGCCCACCGGCACGGCCCUCUGCUUCCAGCUCCUGGCGCCGAUAUUCUCCAACCAGGGCCACUGCGACGCCGCCGCCCGGGCCAUGACGGUUUCGCUCCUCGGCCUCUGCGCGCUCUCGUGCUUCCUGCUGAGCUUCACGGACAGCGUCAAGGACCAGAAGGGGAGCCUCUGCUACGGCUUCGCCACUUUCAAGGGGCUCUGGAUUAUCGACGGAUCGGCGACGCUGCCGCCGGAGAUGGCGGCGAGGUAUAAGCUCAAGUUUAUUGACUUCGCGCACGCGGUGAUGUCGGUGCUGGUGUUUGCUGCGGUGGCGAUGUUUAAUGAGAAUGUGGUGGAGUGCUUGUGGCCGGCGCCGUCGACGGGGAUGAAGGAGGUGCUGACGGCGCUGCCGGUGGGGAUUGGAGUUAUGUGUAGUAUGCUUUUUGUGGUUUUUCCUACGAAACGGCAUGGCAUUGGCUUUCCACUCACUGAUUGUUAAAUCCUACGCCUCAAUAUAAAUGUUCCUUGUGUAUUCACUAUCUUUUUUUUCUACCUUCUAAUUUUAUGGAUUAAUACAAACAUUGAUGGGUUAA